AAGGACAUGGAGGGCGGGGCGCCCUUGCUCAUAAGGAGUAGCGGAGGGGCCCAUAGGUGAAGAGGACCAGUAGCCGACGAUGGCCGUGGAAAGCGCUCGUGAUUACGCGGCGGUUUUGUUGCGAUCUCUAGUAUCAGUGGGAACAUUGGUGGGAUCAGUAACAAGACAAGCACUGCUUCCAUGUGCAGCUCGGCCUUUUCGUGUUUGUAACCAUGACAGAAGCAGCAGGAGAGGAGUUGUAGCAAGCAGUUUACAGGAGCUUAUCAACAAGACCUUGGAUGCUUUAAUGAUAACUGCUGGAUUGAUAACACUGGUUCUAGAGGAAGAUGGAACAGUGGUGGAUACUGAAGACUUCUUCCAAUCACUAGGGGAUAAUACACAACUCAUGCUUUUGGAGAAGGGACAGAAAUGGAAACCAGGAUUACAUAAUGGUAUUGCAACAAUACAACAACCAAAGAAAAUGGGAGUAGCAAAUUUCACUGUGGAUUUGUACAAACUGAAUCCUAAGGAUUUCAUUGGUUGUUUGAAUAUUAAAGCUACCUUCUAUGAAAUAUAUUCUGUGUCCUAUGAUAUCAAAUGUAUGGGAGCAAGAAGUAUUCUAAGGAGGAUACUUUGCUUUCUGUCACAGAUUGCCCAGGUAACAGGGCAACUUCUUCUCCAUACCGGGACAUACAUACUACAACUAAUGGGUGAUUAUGAAGAUAAUCUGCUUACUGAUGCCAAACACUAAAGCAAACAUAAGAGCCCUUUUAACUGCUUAUCUGUCCAGCUAACACUGCAAAUUGGGUUUUGGAAAGGAGAAAUUGAGUUAUACCUUAAUAUAUUAAAUAUCUUAAGUUUAGCUGGGUACAUAAAUAUACUUCAAUGUUUAAGCUUUUAUUUAAGAUAAUGAUGUCAUAAUUGUAAAUAUGGUCGGAAUCUUUUUAAUAUACUAAAUUAUUUAAGUCAAGGAACUCUUCUGCCAUCAACUUCCAGUAGAAAGUUCACACAGCAAAACAUACUAAGAACUUUCUUUGAUUACUAUGUGAACAGUCAUAUUAAACCUCAGAGAAUUUCAGCAUUAAUCUCAUGUCUAUUUAAAACUUCCUCAUUGUUGCUAAUCUAUAAAUAAACGUCACAUCUCAGAACUAAAAAUGUUGUCUUAUUUUUCAGGAAUCGCCUCUUAAUUUUUAAUCUUAGUUGUUCAAACUCUGGUUACAGUUGUUAAAGAAAGCUGAUUUUGCCAACAAAAAAAGUCACCUAAGUGGAUUUGAUUUGAUGGUUAAAGCCAAGAUGCUGGGUCUAACAUUUGUGCUAAGACAUAGCUUCAUUUUUCCUCCUUAUGCAGUCUCCCAAGCUGCUUAUCAGCAUCAGGACAAGCCUUGGCCUCAAAACUGCUAAACUAGCAAUGGACUGAUAAUAUUUCACUUGACAGAAAAUAUCAAAUGUUUUCCCUUUCUCCCCCUUGCUGAGUUGCA